AUGAAGUGCACGAGAAAUGCAGGAAGCCAUAAAAGGAAAAUAUAUGUGACAGCAGCUUCAGGAAAUUGGAGUGAGGCUUCAUCCUGUUUCCGAAUUCAUCCUCAUUGGUGGCAAAUUGCAUUGAGUGCUCGUGGAAUCACAGCCCUUCAUGUUGCAGUAAGCAUGGGCAAAACCAGUUUUGUGGAAAAUCUGGUGAAUUGUAUGAAAAUGCAAGAUUUGGAAAUUCGCAUGGCAGAUGGGAAUACACCUUUUUGUUUGGCUGCGAUAACCGGCAACGUCGAAAUUGCAAAAAUUUUGUUGGACAAGAAUCCAAGGUUGCCAUGGAUUAGAGGCCAAAAAGAUAUGCUGCCCAUUCAAUUAGCAUCUUCUGCAGGCCACAUUCCAAUCACAGAAUUCCUAUUUCAACAAACUUCGGAGGACCUACACAACAAUCUAAGCUUCAAAGAUAUCGUCAACUUAUUUUUCUUUACCAUCACCAACAACAUUUACAAUAUGCUCAUCCACCUUCACAAUCCAAAGCUUUUUGUUUCCAUUUUUCUCAUGCCUAAUCUUCUUCUGGGCAUUUACAGCUGUGGCAUCAGAGUUGUUGGAUCGCUAUCCCAAAUUGGUUACGGUAGAAAAUGA